AUGUUCGCUGCCUUUGUUCCAAAGCUUUUCCAGCCGACCAAAGUCGGGACGUUCACCCUGUCCCAUCGAGUGGUGCUAGCCCCCCUCGCGCGAUUCCGUGCAAACAAGGCACACGUUCACGGUGAUCUAGCGGUGGAAUAUUACGCGCAGCGUGCAUCUGUGCCUGGUACGCUCCUGGUCACGGAAGCCACCGUCAUUUCCGCAAAGGCAGGAGGAUACGAUAACGUGCCUGGUAUCUGGAACGAUGAACAAGUCGUGGCCUGGAAACGCGUACCUGCAUACCUGUUGAGUUGGGUUACAGACGCUGUGCACGCCAAGGGUUCACGUAUCUUCUGCCAACUGUGGGCCUUCGGCAGGGCUGCGACCCCGUCUGUCCUGGAGCAGGACGGCUUUGACAUCUGCUCUGCCUCCGACAUCCCUAUAGCCGAUGGGACGGCGAAACCCCGGCCGCUGACCAUCCCAGAGAUCCAUGAAUAUGUUCAACUGUACACUGCCGCCGCAACCAACGCCAUCCGUGCGGGCUUCGACGGCGUCGAGCUGCACGGCGCGAACGGGUAUCUCAUUGACCAAUUCCUGCAGGACGUGUCAAACAAGCGCACAGAUGAAUACGGUGGCUCUGUCGAGAACAGGUGCCGCUUCGCGUUCGAGAUCAUUGAGUCCGUAGUGAAAGCGAUCGGCGUAAACAAAGUCGCCAUUCGCCUGAGCCCCUGGAGCACGUUCCAGGACAUGGGCAUGAAAGACCCGAAGCCGACGUUCGCCUACCUUGUCUCACACAUCGCCGAGGCGCAUCCGGACUUUGCGUAUAUCCACGUCGUCGAGCCGCGCGCGGAAGGAGGGUCAGAUCGCAUCGUACUUGCGGCUGAGUCAAACGAUUUCCUGCGCGAGAUUUGGGCACCUCGCCCGUUCAUCGCAGCCGGCGGCUUUACGCGUGACACCGCAUUCGAGGCGUCAGAGAAGACUGGCGAGCUGGUUGCGUUCGGACAGUUUUUCAUCUCCAACCCUGACCUUCCGUUGCGACUCGCGAAGAACUUGCCCAUUGUCAAGGGCAAUCGUGACACGUAUUACCUUGUUGAGUCUCCCAAGGGAUAUAUCGACUAUCCGUUUGUCGACGAGACAGCUGCGAGGGUAUAG